UUUGCGGUUAGCGGUGACAACUUGAGCUCUGUUCGUACGGAAGGCCGGCAACGACGAGUACACAAGGCGGGUACUUGAGGACCCGUGCUUCCCCAAAAGGAUGGCCCAUUUCUCAGGCGCCGACGAGGUGAUGCUGCAGGCGAUGCUGAGGCAGUUGUUCCAGAGCGUGAAAGAGAAGAUCACGGGUGCUCCUUCUCUGGAGUGCGCCGAGGAAAUCCUCUUACAUCUGGAGGAAACUGAUGAAAAUUUUCACAACUAUGAAUUUGUGAAAUAUCUCAGACAGCAUAUAUGCAACACUUUGGGGUCCAUGAUUGAAGAAGAAAUGGAAAAAUGGAUGUCUGAUCAGAAUCAAGAUGAAGAAUCUGGCUAUGACACAGUUGUACAGCAUGUUACUAAAAGAACUCAGGAAUCGAAAGAAUACAAAGAAAUGAUGCAUUCCCUGAAGAACAUCAUGAUGGUAGUGGUGGAAUCUAUGAUUAACAAGUUUGAAGAAGAUGAUGUACGAAGUCAGGAGAGUCAGAAAAAAAUCCAGAAGGAGAAAAGCAACAGUUACUGCACAGACAAUUGCUCUGAUAGUGAUUCAUCUUUCAGUCAGAGUUACAAGUUUUGUCAAGGAAAGUUACAAUUGAUUUUAGACCAGUUGGACCCUGGGCAACCUAAAGAGGUGAGAUAUGAAGCCUUGCAAACGUUAUGUUCAGCUCCGCCGUCUGAUGUCCUGAAUUGUGAAAAUUGGACCACUCUCUGUGAAAAACUGACAAUGUCUCUUUCAGAUCCCGAUCCUGUGUUUAGUGACCGGAUUUUAAAAUUCUAUGCACAGACAUUUACUCUUUCCCCGUUACAUAUGACCAAGGAAAUUUAUACAAGCUUAGCUAAAUAUUUGAAGUUAUACUUUCUUUCUAAAGAAAAUCAUAUUCCUACUCUCUCAACUGGUAUAGAUGUAAAUAAUCCUACUGUGAUCUGCUUACUUAAAAAGGUUCGUCUUCUAAAUGAGUAUCAGAAAGAGGCUCCAUCUUCCUGGAUUCGCCACCCAGAAAAGUAUAUGGAAGAGAUUGUGGAGAAUACUUUGUCCUUAUUAUCCGUUAAACAUGAUCCGAGCCAUCUUGUUUCACAAAAGAUUUUGGAUCCGAUCUACUUUUUUGCAUUGGUUGAUACCAAGGCUGUGUGGUUCAAAAAGUGGAUGCAUGCACAUUAUAGCAGAACUGCAGUCCUAAGACUUCUUGAAAAGAAAUAUAAAUCUCUGAUAACUACGGCAGUUCAGCAGUGUGUUCAGUACUUUGAGUUGUGUGAGGCCAUGAAAGCCGAUGAGAUUUUGGGUCAUUCAAAGCAUUGUGGGAACAAACAGAAAACCUUCUACUACUCAGGACAAGAAUUACAAUAUAUUUAUUUCAUUCACUCACUGUGCCUUUUAGGAAGCUUAUUGAUCUAUACACAAGGCAGACGGCUAUUUCCUAUAAAGCUGAAGAAUAGGAAAGAUUUAGUAUCCCUUACAGAUCUUGUGGUUUUGUUUACCCAACUUAUCUAUUACUCACCAAAUUGUCCAAAGAUGACAUCAGCUGCACAUCUAGAUAAUUACUCCCCUGCAAGUAUGGUGACUGAAGUUCUUCAGAUGCUCUGUGAUCAGAAAGAGUGUGCCGUCGAAUGCUUAUAUAACAGCACUGUGAUUGAGGCACUUCUUCAGCCUGUUCACAAUUUAAUGAAAGGAACUAAGACUCCUCCAAAUUGCUCUGAAACUGCUUUAAUUCUCAUAGCUGAUAUCUUGGCAAGAAUAGCGUCUGUAGAAGAAGGACUUACCUUACUUCUUUAUGGAGAAAAUAUGAACUCUUCUGAAGAAAAAAGUUCUACAGGUGCUCAUAUAAUUGCCCAGUUUUCGAAAAAACUUCUUGAUGAAGAUAUUUCUAUUUUUUCUGGUUCGGAAAUGUUGCCUGUGGUUAAAGGAGCUUUUAUUUCUGUGUGUCGUCAAAUAUAUGGUACCUGUGAAGGCUUACAGGUGUUAAGUCCGUACAGUUUGCAUGAGUCUAUAGCAAAGGCAUGGAAGAAGACAAGUUUGCAAUCAGAAAGAACUCCUACUCCAGUCAAGUGUUCAGAAUCUGUUUCUUCAAUAAGCCAGGAAUCCCAAAACAUUAUGGCUUGGGAAGAGAAUUUGUUAGAUGAUUUACUAAAUUUUGCUGCCACUCCCAAAGGACUACUAUUUCUUCAAAGAACAGGUGCCAUCAAUGAAUGUGUGACAUUUAUGUUCAACCGAUAUGCAAAAAACUUACAGAUCAGCAGGCAUAAAAAGUCCGGCUACGGAGCAUUGGUUACACAAGUGGCAUCAACAGCCGCAGGUUCAGUAGUGCUAAAGAGUUCAGGGUUUAUUAAUGCACUUAUAACUGAGUUAUGGACCAAUCUGGAAUGUGCAAGAGAUGAUGUGAGAGUGACCCAUCCCAGAUCUACUCCGGUGGAUCCUAUUGACCGGAGCUGUCAAAAGUCUUUUCUAGGACUGGUGAACUUGUUACCUUAUCCUGCUGUUUAUGAGCUGGUAGGCAAUCGAGAUCUUCCUAAUAAAGCAGAAUAUUCUCUUCGUGAAGUCCCAACAUGUGUUAUUGAUAUUAUAGAUAGACUUAUGAUUUUGAAUUCAGAAGCUAAGAUUCGUUCUUUAUUCAACUAUGAACAGUCGCACAUCUUUGGUCUAAGGUUGUUAAGUGUUGUGUGCUGUGAUCUAGACACUCUUCUCCUAUUAGAGGCUCAGUAUCAAGUAUCUGAAAUGUUACUAAAUGCUCAAGAAGAAAAUAUCUUAGAGAACUCUGAAAGCCACAGGGAUUUUAUAAUUGAUGGCUUAUCAGUAGAGAGAAACCAUGUUCUUGUUAGAAUAAAUUUUAUUGGUGGGCCCAUGGAACGAAUUUUGCCUCCAAGGGUAUUGCAGAAGGGUGAUGAUCCAUAUCCUUGGCCAAUGUUUUCAUCAUAUCCUUUACCAAACUGCUAUCUGUCAGAAGUUACAAAAAAUGCUGAUCUAAAACAAGACAAUGAUCUUGGCAAACUUUUAUUACGCUUCAAAAUCUCUGACAAACAAACUGAGUGGAUAGAAAACUGCCGAAAACAGUUUUGCAAAAUGAUGAAGGCCAAACCUGAUAUAAUCAGUGGAAGUGCUUUACCAGAAUUGCUUGAAAAAUUUGUGCUUCAUCUCUCUGAAAGCCCAGCUGAAUGCUAUUUCCCAUUAGUGGAAUAUACAGCUAUUGAUGCAAAUGUGAAGAACGAAAGUCUUUCAUCUGUGCAACAGCUUGGCAUUAAAAUGACUGUCAGGUAUGGCAAGUUCCUCAACCUGUUAAAAGACAGUGCAGAAAAUGAUCUCACCUUGGUUUUAAAGCACUGUGAGAGAUUCCUGAAACAGCAGCAAGUGCCCAUAAAAUCUUCUCUUCUCUGCCUGCAGGGGAGUUAUGCUGGCCAUGACUGGUUUGUAUCUUCUUUGUUCAUGAUAAUGUUCGGAGACAAAGAGAAAACAUUCAGAUUUCUUCAGCAGUUCUCCAGGCUUCUGACCUCUGCUUUCCUUUGGUUGCCAAGACUACAUAUUUCUAGGUACCUACCUACUGACACUAUAGAAUCUGGCAUCCAUCCAAUAUAUUUUUGCAGCGCUCACUAUAUUGAAAUGCUCCUGAAGGUGGAAGUGCCACUUGUAUUUUCAGCUUUUCACAUGUCUGGUUUUGCACCAUCCCAGAUUUGCCUACAAUGGAUAACUCAGUGUUUUUGGAAUUAUUUAGAUUGGAUAGAAAUCUGCCAUUAUAUCGCUACUUGUGUUCUCCUUGGUCCUGAUUACCAAGUGUAUAUCUGUAUAGCUAUAUUCAAACACCUACAACAAGACAUUCUGCAGCACACUCAGACUCAAGAUCUUCAGGUUUUCCUAAAAGAAGAAGCACUGCAUGGGUUUCGAGUAAGUGAUUACUUUGAAUAUAUGGAGAUUUUGGAACACAACUACCGACCAGUGGUGCUGAGAGACAUGCUGAAUGUUAGUGCAGAGCACAUAGGUGGUGGCACGCAGAGGUGAAGGCCGCGUUUUAAUUUUAAAGGAAACAGAGGGACUUAAUCCUUUUCUGUAUCUAUUACGGCAUAUGUUUUGUGAACACACAUAUUGUGAAUCAAUGCUGAGACUUUUUGAAUAUAAUAUAUUCAAGUAGAUAUUAGCUUAAUUUGUGACAAUAAGUAAAUUCAUUUUUGUAAGUUUGUUGUUUUGCAAGGUUGUUUUAGAAUCAGAUCUAAUUUACUUAUAAUUUUUUAUGUUUAAAAGCUAGUCCCAACCUAUGUCUCUUCCUUCAUCAGAGAAGAUUAAAAUAGUUUUACCAAUGAGUUUUGAAUGAAGCGGCAAUACUAUAAAUAAUUGUCUGACUAGCCAGAGAGAGAGUCCAUAGAAACUAGGAAGACAGUUGUUUUGUUGAUUUUCAUCUGUACAUAUAAAGGAAAAUAGACAAAGCCACAACCACUUAUUCAACAUAUGAAGGAAUCAAAUGAUAUUUAUCAUGGCAAAUGCUAAGAAAACUAUUGUCCUCAGACAUAAUUGUUUUUCUCGGAAUUGCUUGUGAUACCUAUAUCAACUAAUAAUUUUUCAUGUGAAAUGUCUCUACAUGGUUCAUUUAAAAGAUAGAUUGGUUAUUUCAUACUGAUAAGCAUUUGUUAUGCAUUUUUUAGUGAUAAAUUUUAUCUGUACUGAACAUUAAGGAGAAUAAUUUCUAAAUUAUUUUAAAUGACUAACACGAUGUUUUAUUUAAAUGGAAGGCUUUGCUCCAAUGAGAUUAUUAAUACAAUAUGCUAAGGUCUAUUUUCCUAUAAUUGUCACAUUUAUUAUAUGAAAAAUAAUACACAAAAAUAUUUUUCAGGUAGUGAUUUCAGUAAGUUUUUUUAAAUUAUACGUAAUAGUUAUUUUGUAUGAAUUGCUUAUGUUUAAAUAUAAAUCAACCAUUAAGACCAUUCUGAAGCUUUUUUUUUAACCAAAAAUGGCUCAUCCUCAACCUAAUUUUUUCGUUCAUAUCAUGAAACAAGUGGCACCUUGCAGUUUUCAGUUUUGCAAUGUUUAGGAUAUUGCAAUAUCAACUUUCCAAAAUUAGGCUUUAUGCUGUAAAUGCUAACAAUAGCUGCUCAGGAAUGGUGUUCCUAAAGGUCACUGAAAAGGUUGAAAGAAGAAAAUUGAGCAAGUUAAUUUGACAUUGCUUCCUUAGGCUGUGAUUGAUAGGAGUUAAGUAAGAGAGUUCUAGAUUACCCAAAAUAGCAACUUUGUCUGCUUUCAAACUUAAUAUUGAAAAACUCUUUCACAGGAUCUGUAAUACAUGUUUAUGGUUUCAUUUCUGUCCACUCUGUACCUGAGUUACUGUUACUCAUACUAAAAAAUUGGCAGCUUUAUUUCUUUUUUAAAAAUUCUUACAUGGUAAUUAGAAAUACAAAUGGAGAAGGAACUAUAACUUAGUUUUAUAUUAUUCAUUGGUGAUUUUGGUUGGAAACUGAAGAUGCUGAUAAUAACAAUUAUAUUUUAGAAAGGUGAAUUCAGUGGGAACUGGAAAGCUUUUGUUUUCAUUUGAUAAAGAAAUGUCUUAUGAACAAUGACCUACCAAAACAGUGAAAUAAAAUGUAAAAUAUGUUAGUAUGUGUAGCUACCACUGUAAAUUCUUUUUUGUAACUAUUAUUUUAAGAAUACUCUUUAGAAUAGAAAUAAAUAACAGCCCUACCUUGCUUCUUUUUAAUUAUUUAAAGUAUAAGUCCUUAAGACAGACUUUAUUUCUGCUUGUGAACAGGUACCUCAUACAUUUACAUGAUUCAUUUUAAGAAAUUGUAUUUUAUAAUACAAUGUAAACAAAUUUGUGAAAAAUGUAAGUGUUCAUAUAUAAAUCUUCGAAUAUGUUUCCAAUAUUUCAUCUCUGUAGUUAUGCCUCCUUAUGCAUAUUCAUCUGAAGAAUCUGUGAUGGUAAAAUAAAUCUCAAAAAUUAAUCUAAACUUAACAAAAUUCUACCCAAAUUUAUGAUUAUUAAAUUGUGUGUUCUAGUUUGAUUUUCCAGUUCCAAGAUAAUUCCUUUGGUUUUUCAUUAAAUGCACAUGUUUUGAGAGUUAAAAGUAUAGUGAAAUAUUUUUAAUACUCAGGGUAGGAUAAAUGAAACCACAGCACCUUCACUCAGAGUCCACAGUCUUUAUGGAGAGAUUAAUAAUUUUAAACUGAAAACGUAAGUUUUAAAGAUGUCAAGUAAGAAAUGACCUCUGGAUCUGGUGACUUCGAUAAGCAGUUUUGAUGGAGUAAUGAAGUUUGCUGGAGUGGGUUUAAAUGAUGCGGAGAGGAAAGACUGGAGACUGGUCCUUCCUGGAGCACUGCUGAGCAGGGAAUGAGAAUAUGGGUGGUAGUUAGGGGGGGCCUGGCGUCAAAAGACCUUUUAAAAUGGGAAGUGGAAGCCUGUUUAUAUGUGGGUGGAAAUGAUGCAGUAGAAAAAGAAACACAUGCUGAAUUUCUCAUAGGAAUAAAAACUGUUAACAGCCAUUUGGAAA